AGCCGAAGUGAGUCGAAAUGUCUCAGUGCUGUUUCUGCAGAGAGCCUCUUAACACACUCAAACAUUCUUAUGCAUCUUAUUUAUAACGUUUGGCUUGAACACAAAGGUUUCCUGGCGCUAUUGCACCAAGGAUCUUUCUUGAUGUGUUUUUCAUGCAUUACCAGAUCUAACAGGGAUUUAAAGGGAGUCGAUACCUGUUGAGUCGAAUCUCUUAUGAACUCUUUAACUAAAGGAUCAUGACAGAAAGACUGAGAGUCUGGAUGUAGUCCUGAGCAGAGGGCAUUGAGUUCAAAAAGCGUCACACACAGCAACAGUAUCAGCAGCAGUUUCGACAGCACAGUGGCUCCCCCUUCAGGACGAUCCGUCGAGGUGCUGCAUGGCCACGAGCCCGACACUCCUCAGCACGCAUGAGCACAGCAGGAAGGUGAAGAAAAGCAGCAAGACACAUGAUAUGGAGGUCAAAGCUCAGCUAAUCACCGGGCCUGAGCUGCAGGGCUCCACGGAUACUAAGCAGCGUGCUGAACGAAUGGUGGAGCUGCAGGAGAGACGGAGGAGCCUACAGGCUUUACUCAGCACCCGUCUGGCUGAACUCAGGCGUGUGUGUCUCCAGGAGGCGGAACUGACCGGAGAGCUUCCGAACGAGUUUCCUUUAGACGCGGGAGAAAACCCCCCUCACGUGCGGAGAAGAGUCGGUUCGGCUCCUCGCUCCGGCUCCAAGAACAAUUUAAAAAGCGAGGAUGAAGACGCAUCACAGCGCAAACCGAAAAAGACUCUGUUUAGUGGCGCCCUCCGCAGGCACAUAGAAGCGGAGCAGCAGCUGGCGUACGGGAAGAGGACGACGGUUCACAGAGGAUGUCACACAGAGAACACAGUGAAGUCAGAGAGCAGCUCGACAUCCGACUCCACCAGCCAGGAGACGGAGGAGGCCUCUGAUGGUCCGUCCCCCUCUCAGCCCCGGCUGGUCCCGGGGAGCCCAGACAGCAGGUUCUGUCGGAAACUCUCCCCUGUGGAGAUCUACUACGAGAUGAAAGCCAGGCGCAACUCUGUGUCCAGCUCAGCUAGCCCGAGUCGAUCUCUCCCACGGAGCGUGUCCAAUCUGGAGGGAAGAAGCGUCCCGGCGACGCCCCAGAUGACACGGAGCGGCCCGACUGGAGUUCACGUCAGGUCUGAAUCUUCCAGCAGCACUUCAGUAUUAAAGCAGCGAUCAGAUAAUCCAGAAUUAACCCAAGCGUUGCCUGUUGCAUCUCAGGAUGUCUUAUCCCCCGGGCACAUGGGAUGCUCGUACGGCGCCCAAACCCGACGCAGCAACAGCUCUGAUGCGCUGCUGGACCGCUGUGUGGAUGAAGGUCAGUUAUCCGGUCCUAUGGUCCGAAACGGGUCUCACAAGAGCUCCGAGGCGCUGCUGGACAGCCGUUUGAAACAGGUGAACGGACAUGCCGAGGUGACCCGCGUCCGCUCUGUAUCAGGUGGCCGCGUCACGAGCGGCUCCGGCGGAGGCUACAGCGAAGUCCUGCUAGACUACGUGUGGGGAAAGCAGCAGAAGAUGCAGCAGAUGGCACAACAGCAGCAGCAGCAGCAGAGACUGCAGGCUCACAACGGUAUAAAAGCUCGAGCCUGGCACGAAGCGCCCUCCAUCCCCCCUCCGCCUUACGUCAACGGCUUCUCCUCAACUCAGGGCCUAAUUAUGGGCUCAGGACCCCCUGCCUACAGCCCACUGAUGCUGCGAGGUAAACCGGGUGAGCCUCGGAGGGUCAAAGUGAGCAGAACCAAAUCCUGCGGUCCGUUUAUUCCCGUUCAGCAAGGUUACACCGAGAUCCCUGUUGCAAACGGACACAGCGGAAUGGGUCAGCUGCAGCCUCGGCAAAGACCCCCUAACUACAGCACAGACCUGUCUUCUGGCUCCGCCCCCCAGGAUGAACCUACGCGCAACCUGCACAAGGCCCUGGCACUCGAGGGUCUGAGGGACUGGUACCUGCGCAACGCACUAGGGCAGCCUGGGACCACGUGCACCGGGAAAGGCAAGGAGGGGGCGCCGUCUCAGCGUAGACGAACCACAGCCUCGCUGCACCCUUCACAUCCACCACUUAAACAACAGGCACAGUCGUUUCAGGGAGACACGGCGUACACACACCUGCACCAGUCCGCUACGUUCCACGGACAUCCGCUGCGGUCUGCAGAUCUGUCUCCGUACCAAGACACUUUUUCUUCCGAAAUGGAGGACUUGACUUUGAAGGAGACGAAUAAUGACAGACCCUGUCCAGGCACACUGGUCUAACACACACACACACACACACACACACACACACACACACACACACACACACACAUUAACAUAAGUGCAUAAACGCACAACAAGGAAAGGCUUGUUUUAUAGACACAGAUCACAGUUUAAUGAUAAAACUGAGAUGGACAACAACAACAACAACAACAACAAGUCAUUCAUCCAUUUAUUCACUGAUUAACUUGUUUUUCCUUUUAACUUCGAUCAUAAAGAAGACCUAAUCCAGGCAACUUUAACAAGGUAGCAUGUCAUUUUUAAAUCACAAACCGUACGUUUGACGUCUUUGUCAUGUCUGUAUGAGCGUCACGCUGUGCUUUGCUGAAUAUUUGUCAUCUGGCAGAAAUCAGUAUUAAAUUUCAGGUCUUUCUC